AUGUAUAUGAAUGUAAGGGUGGGUAGAAGAUUCACUUCUAACGUACCGUCUUUUAUACCAAGAUAUAAGUUUCCCAAAUACAAUAUGGCUCUUACCGAUUUUAAGGGACAUCAACUCAAAGCUCUUAGAAGAUUUGAGAGAUUGGUACCCCAAAUGAACAUGAUAAUAGAACUACGUGAUAUUCGGGCUCCAAUAUCGACACGAAAUGUAAUUUUCGAUCGCAUUGCAAGAAAGGAACACAAUAUGUUGAAGUUAGUGGUAUAUACUAGAAAAGAUCUUAUGCCUGGCWACAAAACUUAUGUAGAUAGGUUAAUGCAAUGGCAUGAGGAGCUAGGGGAAAAGUUUGUUUUACUAGAUUGUCGGGACAAAACUGACGUCAAGAACUUAUUAAAGAUUCUAGAAUGGCAAAAUUACGAGCUAGAAAAAGAAGGUGGCUACUUGCCCAUGGGGUACCGAGCACUGAUUACUGGUAUGCCCAAUGUUGGGAAGUCUACUUUGAUAAACAGUUUAAGAGCGAUCUUUCACRAGCAUGAUCGAGAUAGUACGGGAGGGAAACACAGAAAAGUGGCAAGAACUGGUGCUGAAGCUGGUGUUACAAGAAGCACAAGUGAAGUCAUUAGAGUAGCUUCGAGGACGGCCGAAUCCAAAAAUGAAAUUUAUCUUAUAGACACCCCAGGUAUCGGUGUUCCUGGCCGAGUUUCAGAUCAUAACAGAAUGCUUGGUCUAGCAUUAUGUGGUAGUGUUAAGAACAAUUUAAUAGACCCGAUAUUCCAGGCAGACUAUCUUCUAUAUCUAAUGAAUUUACAGAACUUCUAUGAAAGGAAAAAGGAACUCUAUCCCGGAAGCAAUGAUUCACCUACGAACGAUAUAUAUGAGGUCUUGCAGAGACUUCAAGUAAAUAAGAACCAGAACGAGAAAUCAAUAGCUAUUGAAUGGACUAAUAAAUGGAGACUACAAGGAAAAGGUAUCAUAUUCGACCCUGAGGCACUGUUGGGUAACGAUGAGUUUUCGUAUAAAAAGUAUGUAGAUAGCCAGUUGGAAAAGCUAGGCGAGCUCUCAUACGAAGGGUUAUCUGACAGACUAAGGGGAAACCCCAAUCAAAUAUUUUAG